AUGAGCAACGAUAUUCCUACGGUUGCCGAUCUCAAGCAAGCCGUCGAGGCCGGACAACGAAUUACACCCGUGGACGUCUCGAUGAUUUCACACGCGGAAAGUGUGUUAACUGGGCGUGGCCCACUCCGCGGUGGACCAGCUGCGACCGCCCAAAGCCUCGCGAUGCGACAAAUGAACUUUGAUGCCCAGCUCGACGAGGUAUCUCGUAAGCCGCAGAGCCACAUCACACAUGAAGAUGCACGCGAAAUGCAAGCCACAGAGGGCCGUGCAUUUGGUCGACCACCUGGUCGAGGUUCCGUGUCUGAACAAGUCCGAUCGAUCGCCGAUCGGAACGAAAUCCUCGGGCUACCUCCUGUGCCGACCGAACUGCCGGUCUAUGUGACUAAAGAUGAUGCUCGAGAGGCCCAACGAGCUGAGUCGAUGGUGUACGGUGGGCAAAUCCCUCGACAAGGCAUGGCCGCCCAGAUGCAGAGCGCUGCGGAUAAGAUCGAUAAUGUCCGGCGAGACGAGCCGUGGUAG